AAACUUUUUUUUUCUCCAUUCAGUUGUAGUCAGGUCGCCAAAAGGUUCUGUUCUACCUACCUGUUCCUCAAUCUUAUUUUUAUUCCUUGCCAAUAUCACUUCCUUCUUCCAAAACACAAACUAGGCAUGUUAGCGAUAGACUCUCAAACCGCAGACUCUAACAUAUCAUUUCUCGCCAAUAUUUUAAUUGCAGCGUAAAAUUUUUUCACUUAAUUUAUAUUUGGAAGGAAAACAUUUGUGUGAAGGAAUUUCUUUUUAUUUUAUACUGAUUGGACUGUUUUGUAUAUGUGUGCGACUUGUAUUAUAUAAGCACAGUUUUUGGUGAUUAAGUACCCGGUGGAUUAUUAUUGGUGCUUAGUGGGGUGCUUUGGAAAGGCAUGAAGUGUGAUAUCAACUGGAUUUUGUGGGAUUUCUUCAGAUUAUUAGUUUUUCUGUUUCUAAUUUCAUCUGCGGGUACUUCAAACAAAAAUGAAGAUCCAGAAAACACUCAAAUGUUUACAUUUACAGAGAAGCAGAGAUACGAUGGCUGGUAUAAUAAUUUGGGGCAUCCAGAAUGGGGCUCUGUUGAGAGUCAGCUGACAAGGAAAACUCCAGCUUUUUAUUCGGAUGGUGUAUAUAUGUUAGCAGGAGAGAACAGACCUAGUCCCCGUAAGCUCAGUCAAGCCAUCAUGAAGGGAGAAGAUGGAUUGCCAUCAAUAAGAAAUCUUACAGCCUUUUUCACAUACUUUGGUCAAGUUGUGACUUCUGAAAUCUUGAUGGCUAGUGAAGCAGGCUGUCCAAUCGAGUUGCACAAAAUUGAGAUUGAUACAUGUGAUGACACCUACGACAAAACAUGUAGGGGUCAUAAGUAUAUGCCUUUUCAUAGAGCUUUAUAUGAUUCAAAAACUGGCCAAUCACCAAACAGUCCAAGAGAACAACUGAACCAAGUCACCAGUUGGAUAGAUGGUAGUUUUAUUUACAGCACGAGUGAGGCAUGGGUCAACAGUAUGCGUUCUUUUCAAAAUGGAUCCCUCCUAACUGAUCCGAGUGGCAAGUUUCCACCAAGGAAUUACGCGAGGGCUCCUCUUAUCAAUCCGCCCCCAGCGAGGUACUUGGGAAAACUUAGUCCAGAGAGAAUGUUUCUUCUUGGUGAUCCUAGAUCCAAUCAAAACCCAGCAUUGCUGAAUUUUGGAAUUUUAUUUUUUCGGUGGCAUAAUGUUGUAGCUGAGCGAAUUUUAGAGCAACACCCUGAUUGGUCAGAUGAAGAAAUUUUCCAAAGAGCUAGAAGAUGGGUCAUUGCAACAUUACAGAAAGUUAUUUUGUACGAAUAUGUGCCAACAUUAUUGGAAGAAGAUAUUACCCCAUAUUCAGGAUACAAGCCUGAUGUGCAUCCCGGAGUUAGCCACGUAUUUCAAAGUGCAGCUUUUCGCUUUGCACAUACUAUGAUACCGCCAGGACUUUACCGAAGAGAUGGAAAAUGCAACUUCAAAAAUACAAUGAGUGGAUAUCCUGCAAUAAGACUGUGCUCAACAUGGUGGAAUUCAGAGGAAGUACUGUUGGAGUCUGGCGUAGAAGAACUAUUCAUGGGAAUGAUGUCACAAAUAUCAGAAAGAGAAGAUGCUAUUUUAUGCAGUGACGUCAGAGAUAAACUUUUCGGUCCUAUGGAUUUUACUAGACGAGAUUUGGCAGCUUUAAAUAUUAUGAGGGGACGAGAUAAUGGCUUACCUGAUUACAACACAGUUCGGCGUUAUUUUCAACUGCCAGUACUUAGCAAUUGGUCGCAAAUAAACCCAUUACUCUAUGAAAAGAAUCCAAAAAUGUUUGAAUCUCUCAACGAAGCUUAUGAAGGUGACAUGAACAACAUAGAUUUGUAUAUUGGUGGAAUGCUUGAAACGGAAGUAGACGGAAGACCUGGCGCUCUUUUUCGUAGAAUCAUUAAAGAACAGUUUGAAAGACUAAGAGAUUCAGAUCGGUUUUGGUUUGAAAAUCGUGCUAACGGAAUAUUUACUGAAGAGGAAAUAGAAGAGAUACAAACAUUGAAAUUGCGCGAUAUAAUUGUUCAAGCUAGUGGAAUCGAAGAUGAAUAUAUUCAGGAAAAUAUUUUCUUCUGGAAAGAUGGUGAUGUUUGUCCGCAACCGGCGCAGCUGAAUGGUUCCAUGAUGGAGGCGUGCUUGAUGCUGGACGGAUACGACUACUUUCAUGGAAACGAAGUUGCAUACAUCUACUCCUGCAUCAUACUCGCCUUUAUACCCAUUGUGUGUGCCGGUCUUGGAUAUGGAGUGAUUAAGCUACAAAAUAAACGCAGACGAGAAAUCAAGCUGAAGAGAGAUUUGAGCGUUGGAAAAAAUUUUGACAAAUUGUGUAUGUGUGUUCGAUUAUCUGCUUUUAACGACGUAAAGGAAUGGCUGCACCAAAAUCAUAAGCGAUGCGUGAAAGUAAAAAUCGGACCAGAUGAAGUGAUUUCGACAAUCAAUAGAAAAGGUGAAGUGCUGCGGAAAAUCGAAUUCAAAACAGUCAGCGUUCUCAUCAUUGAAGUCACCAGAGACACGCAUAAGAAACCCAUGGUACUCAUUAGAUCUCCAAAAGACCAUGAUUUGGUUUUACAGUUUGAACAUCAGCAAGCCAGAAAAAAAUUUCUUCAUAAGUUAGAAACCUUUUUGUCAAGCAAAAAUAAAACAUUGGAAACGAUACAGACCUACAGAGAAGCCAUGCUGGCCAAUGCAGAGACGAAGGAAAAGAGACAGAAAAGACUGGAACAUUUCUUCAGAGAAGCUUAUGCCCUGACGUUUGGUUUGAAACCAGGAGAGAGGCGUAAACUGGAAGACAUCGGUAGUGACAUCAUCAUGGUGAUGAGGACGUCACUAUCGAAAAACGAGUUUGCUGACGCACUGGGGAUGAAACCAGACUCACUUUUUGUUAAACGCAUGUUCAACUGCGUUGAUAAAGACAAGGAUGGAGAAAUCAGUUUUCAAGAGUUUCUUGAUACAGUUGAUCUCUUUUCAAGAGGAAAAACGGAUGCCAAACUGCGAGUAAUCUUUGAUAUGUGCGAUGACGAUGGAAACGGUGUCAUUGAUAAACAAGAACUUACUAAAAUGCUGAGAUCCCUGGUUGACAUAGCCAAAACCAACUCCUUGGGAGAAGACCAGGUAAUGGAACUCAUCAAAGGGAUGUUCAGCACUGCAGGAUUGGAUGAAAAGGAGAAACUCAACUACGAUGAUUUUAAAGUUCUCAUGAAAGAAUUCAAGGGAGACUUCAUCGCCAUUGGUCUAGACUGCAAAGGAGCAAAACAAAACUUUUUAGACACUUCAACAAAUGUGGCAAGAAUGACAAGUUUUCAAAUAAAUCACCAUCCCGAAGAAAGGAAGAAUUAUUGGCGUCAAAAAUACAAUCACAUUGCAACUUUUCUAGAAGAAUAUCGGCAACAUAUUUUCUACCUUUUCGUGUUCUAUGUCAUUAACAUCGUCCUUUUCUUAGAAAGAUUCAUAUACUACACGUACUUUGCAGAGCAUAUGGACCUUCGCCACGUAAUGGGUGCCGGCAUAGCUUUCACACGUGGUUCAGCUGCUUCCCUUUCCUUCUGUUACUCUAUCCUCCUGUUGACUAUGUGUCGGAAUCUCAUCACCAAAAUUAGAGAGACGUCUCUGCAACAGUUCAUACCACUCGACUCCCACGUCCAGUUUCACAAGAUAGUUGCCCUAACGGCUCUCUUUUUCACGAUUGUCCAUAGUGUGGGGCAUUACAUAAAUUUUUACCACGUGUCCACACAACCUCUGGAUCAUCUCAGGUGUUUAACACAAGAAAUGCAAUUUGAGUCUGAUUUCAAGCCGACAAUUGCUUUCUGGUUAUUUAAAACCGUAACAGGUAUUACAGGAGUACUGUUAUUUGCCAUAGUGUGCAUUAUCUUCAUAUUUGCACAUCCUAAGAUCAGAGAGAAGGCAUACAGCUAUUUUUGGACCACGCACAGCCUGUACGUUCUCCUGUACAUUCUUUGCCUUGUCCACGGACUUGCCAAACUAACGGGAAGUCCUCGUUUCUGGAUGUUUUUUAUUGGACCCGCUAUUAUUUUCACACUGGAUAAAAUUGUUAGUUUGCAAACAAAAUACAUGGAAUUAGAAAUUAUAGAUACAGAGCUUCUACCUUCAGACGUAACGAAAGUAAAGUUCGCUCGUCCACCUAACUUCAAAUAUUUGUCGGGACAGUGGAUCCGCCUGAGCUGUACCGCCUUCAGAAACGCAGAGUACCACUCAUUGACACUAACUUCAGCACCACACGAGAACUAUCUUUCAGUUCAUGUGAAGGCACAGGGUCCUUGGACAUGGAAGCUGCGCAACUACUUUGAUCCCAAUAACCUCAGUGAUGGUCCCCUUCCUAAAAUUCGCUUAGAAGGACCGUACGGAGGAGGUAAUCAAGAUUGGUACAAGUUUGAAGUUGCCGUUAUGGUUGGGGGUGGUAUAGGUGUUACUCCAUAUGCUUCCAUUCUCAACGACCUCGUGUUUGGCACCUCUACAAAUAGAUAUUCUGGAGUUGCUUGUAAGAAGGUGUAUUUCCUUUGGAUUUGUCCAUCACACCGUCACUUUGAGUGGUUCAUAGAUGUUCUGAGGGACGUUGAGAGGAAGGACGUCACUAACGUCUUAGAAGUUCAUAUCUUCAUUACUCAAUUCUUUCACAAGUUCGAUCUGCGAACUACCAUGCUGUAUAUAUGUGAAACGCAUUUUCAAAGGAUAUCAAAUUGCAGUAUGUUUACCGGCUUGAAGGCCGUUAAUCAUUUUGGAAGACCAGAUAUGACAGCAUUCCUAAAGUUCGUUCAACAGCAACACGCAUACGUGAGCAAGGUUGGAGUCUUUAGCUGUGGUCCUUCCGCCAUGACUAAAAACAUUACGAAGUCAUGCGAAACAGUCAACAAGAAUAGAAAACUUCCUUAUUUCAUUCACCACUUUGAGAAUUUUUAAAAACAUCUCUCUAUUCAACGUGGAAUACUUAUUGCGAAAUUCUCAUGGCCCUUGGUUCGAGAAUCGAUAGAAACUUGGUUCUCCUUCUGGCGUUAUUUGAUGGUUAUUGAGUGGUUAUGAUGGAUUGGCGCCUCUACAAACGAACUUUGAAGAAGACAUCUUCUGACAAUCAACGAGCUCUUACUCUUUGUGAUGCCAAAUUUUUCCCUUAACGCGCCGAGGGGAAUAAACUGUUUUUAAAAGAGACUUGUGAAUUUUAGAAAGAUAUGUUUUAAACCUAGUGUUCCUUUUUUGUUUUAAUCAAGUAUUUCACUGUAGUUUUAAGAAAACGGUAUCAGUGAAUUGUACAUAAGUUUUUGAAAAUAUCUUGUUCGUGUAAAUUUCUACUAUAGGAAGUAACUGUGUUAAUUUGUUAAUUGUUUUGUUGCCAUUUUGUUUAAAUUUCUUUAAAUUGCUUUUAAGCUAAUGGUGAAUUUUCUCAUCAUAUAUACGAUUGUACUAAAAAAAAAUUACAUUUUAAUGUUUUUGAAAUAGCUUAUUAUUGCCUAUAUUAAGCUGAAAGUUUUUAUUAAAUAAAAAUGAGUCUGAUUAAAUGAUUAAAUAAACUUUAAUAAAAUAUAUUAAAUGAAGUCUUGAUUGGUUAAUUUACGUUUAAUGCUGUUGAAAACAAACUAAAAUACUGCUGCAUAUAAAAUAUUAAAAGAUUUUGUUUAAUAACUUAAUUACUGAUGCGUAGUUCCAUAAAACGAGUGUAUAGUCUUUAAUUGAAACAUCCUUAAUUGAACUAUUUAUCAAUAGUACAUGAUGUAAUAAUUCCUAUUUUAUUAAUUAUUCAGCACGAGUUUUCAAUAUAUUUUUUCCAAAUAUGUUAUAUAGUCUGUGUUAAUUUAUGAAAUAUUGUGAAUAUUUUUAUACAGUUUCUGAGGAUUAUAACUAUGUAAAGCCAAAUUGAAUAAAUCUUAUCGGACUUA